UGUAGUGCGAGCCGCAGGAGCCGGUUAGCGGUUAGUCUCGGUAUCGGAAGAUGUUUGUUCCCAGAGCCGUGAAAAGGCGGCAGGAGACCGAGCGACCCGGGAGGAAAAAGAAAAUAGCGACAGAUUUACCCAGAAUUCAUCACAGCACAGAUUCUAACUCUCCCAUUAUUGUCUCUUCACCGGACAUCUCCUCCUAUAGCAAUGCAGCAUCCUCCUCCUCAUCAUCAUCUAAUGACUACAUGCCCUCAUAUGGCACCGCAAACGAACAUAUGUCCACCUACGUCUCUUUAAACCCUGUGUCUGUCUCUUUAAACCUUCCUGUGUCUUCUGUCUCACACACUGACCCUGUGUCCUCCACUGACCAUGUGUCUUCUGCCUCACCCAUUGACCCUGUGUCUGUCUCUUUAAACCUUCCUGUGUCUUCUGUCUCACACACUGACCCUGUGUCCUCCACUGACCCUGUGUCUUCUGCCUCACCCAUUGACCCUGUGUCUGUCUCUUUAAACCUUCCUGUGUCUUCUGUCUCACACACUGACCCUGUGUCCUCCACUGACCCUGUGUCUUCUGUCUCACACACUGACCCUGUGUCCUCCACUGACCCUGUGUCUUCUGCCUCACCCACUGACCCUGUGUCCUCCACUGAUCCUGUGUCCACUGACCAUGUAUCCUCCACUGGCUCUGUGUUCACAUCUAUGUCAUCAGCUGACUCUGUGCCCACCUCUUUACCAUCAACAUGCCCUCUGCCAAUCUCUGUCUCAUUAUUAACCCCUGUGUCAAGCUCUCCUCCUUUGUUACCAUGUUCUGACUCUGUCUUACCAUCUGCCCCUGUUCCUCCCCCACUUUCACCAUCUCCCUCUGCCCCUCCAAGCCACAGUGAAGAUGCACAGGAUGAACCCAUAAAAUCUUUCAGUAAAAGUCAACGAUGGCCCCUCUCAGGGGAACCAGUUUGUGUUGUUUGUGGACGAUAUGGAGAAUACAUAUGUGACCAGACUGACCACGAUGUAUGCAGUCUAGAGUGCAAAGCCAAAGACUUUUUACAAGCUGCACAUGGUGGCAACCUCCACAAUCCUGCCACAACUAAUGGCACAGUAAAUCCACUUCCAACAAGUCCAAUAACAGCUGGCACUUCAAAUUCUCUAGUAAACACAACUACAAACAGCUAUACAGAACUAGCAACUCAGUCAAUUUUGCCCAGUGAUACAGAACCUUCAGGUUUACUAGAGAACCUCCAUAAUACAUCAUAUACCUACACUGAACAUGAUUUUAUUGCCCAGUUGUCCUUACAACAAAUUGAUCAGCUAAGGCAACAACUUGGUUUAUUUGUGCAAGGUAAUGAAGUGUGCAGACCUAUUAUAGAGUUUGAACAUUGUAACUUUCCUCUAAUGCUCAGCUUAAACCUUAAGAAGUCAGGGUAUGAAGUCCCAACACCUGUCCAAAUGCAGAUGAUCCCUGUUGGUCUAAUGGAACGAGACAUAUUGGCAAGUGCAGACACCGGCUCUGGAAAAACAGCUGCCUUCCUACUUCCAGCUAUUAUCCAGUGUCUAAAACAGAAAGAUUCUCCAGCAGCACUUAUUCUGACACCCACCAGAGAGCUUGCAGUACAGAUUGAGGAACAGGUCAAGGAGCUGGUAGCUGGGAUUCAAAACAUGAGGACAGCCUUGCUUGUCGGUGGUAUGCCUCUGCCCCCCCAACUACAUCGCUUAAAACAAGGUGUUCAGAUUAUAAUUGCAACUCCGGGCAGACUGCUGGAAAUUAUUAAACAGGAUUUCGUCAAUGUUGCUGAUCUAAAGAUUCUGAUUGUGGACGAGGCAAAUUCUAUGUUGAAAAUGGGGUUUCAGCAACAGGUCUUGGAUAUUUUGGAACACACCCCAAAUGACCGUCAGACUCUCUUGGUUUCAGCAACUAUCCCAACAGGUAUUGAGGCAUUUGCAAAACAACUUCUGAAGGAUCCGGUACAGAUCACAGUAGGUGCGAAGAACCAACCAUGUUCGAAUGUGCGUCAAAUUGUACUCUGGGUGGAGGAGCCUUCAAAAAAGAAGAAACUCUUUGAAAUUUUAAACGAUUCCAAGCUUUUCCAACCUCCAGUUCUUGUAUUUGUGGGUUGUCGGAUGGGAGCAGACUUGUUAAGUGACGCAGUGCAUAAAAUUACAGGACUAGAAAGUGUGGCAAUACACUCUGAAAAAUCACAGAUGGAGAGAACCAAGAUCCUGAAGGGGUUGCUGCAUGGAGAAUAUGAUGUAGUUGUUAGCACCGGUGUCCUGGGGCGAGGCCUGGAUUUGAUAAACGUCAAAGUGGUGGUGAAUUUCGAUAUGCCUUCUAAUAUGGAUGAGUAUGUUCACCAGAUUGGCAGAGCAGGAAGACUUGGCCACAGAGGAACGGCAUUAACUUUCAUCAACAAAAAUAACCGCAAUCUCUUCUGGGACCUGGUAAAAAGGGUGCAGCCAACAGGCUCCCUGCUACCUCCACAGCUAUUACAUUCCCCUUAUCUUGAUGAACAGAAGAGGGUAGAGCAGAGAAAGCUUCAAAACAAAGAUAAAAUAGUGACAAGAGAUCAAAUCCUUAACCUGAUUCGUAAACAUGACAAAAGAAAAUCCCACAAGUGAUUUAUGGGGAAUUUACUGUCCUGCUAGGAACAGGCAACGUGUACUGUUUAUGAGGAACCUGGAUGUUUCUCAGUGUGUUUUGUGUACAACGUACUGGAUUUAUUAAAUAUGUAUACUUCAA